AACUUACUUUGUUUUUAGAAUAUGUAAAGUAUUUGACUGCAUUCACCUGUAAAUAUAAUUUGUCUGACUUUUUGUAACAUUUAGUCUUUUCAUGUAACUUUUUUUUGAAAAAUAGGUCUUAUACUAUCAAUAAGACUGCAUCAUGUUACUUUUUUCCACACUGAUGCAGCACAACAAUUUGAACCCAUGGUGUGCAUCCAAGCGAUGCAUCAAACUGUUUCCUUCUGUUCCUGUUUAGUUUAGCAUCACUGACAGACCCUAAACUAUGACCACAUUUACGAUAAGAUUUCCUUAGAUAGUCUUUGUUGUUUGUUGGAUGUUCUGAAGUGCCUCAAAACUAGUUUGUUACACUCUCUUAAAUAGAUAGACAGAAAGUUCAUAGUUUGCAAAAACAACAAAGCAAGUUACUUUUUAGUGUGAACUUAAGUCUACUUGUAUAUUUGGUUCAUUAUUCAUGUAAAUGAUGUAAAGAGGAAGGAAGUUGGGAGGAUUUUACAGAGUAACGUUGUCUUUUCAAGAUAACUUCCUUUCAUGUUAGGUAGAAGUGUUUUUGAUGCGAAUGAUUUACUUCUGUGGACAUUAUUUAGCUGCAGACAUCUUUUAAUGUCUCUGAAGUCACACAGCGAGACGCGAGGAGCAGAUAUGAGGUUAACAGCAGCAGCGAGAGGAUUUGUCGUCCUUCUCCUGACUGUACCAGUGGUACAGAGUCAGAAUGGCUGGGGAGUGACUUACACUCCAACUCAGAUCUGUGCCUUAAAAGGAUCAACAGUGGACAUAAACUGUACCUACACAUAUCCAUCCAGCUUAAAUAAUCAUGAUACCAAAGUUCAGGAAACAUUCUGGUUUACGAAAGAGGGUAAUAAUGUUCAAGUGGAUCUGAAAACGGACCCAGAGUAUUCAGGUCGUGUGGAGUAUAUUAGUCAGAACAAACGCUGCACUCUGAGAAUCACAGACCUGAGAGAGAGCGACUCAGCUGAGUACAAGUUCAGGUUAAUAACAAACCAAGAAAGUGGGAAAUAUACUGGUUCACCUGGAGUCACUCUGUCUGUCACAGAUCUGCAGGUGCAGGUGAGCAGAUCAAAGUAUUCUCCCUGGGCAGAGCUGAAGUGUCACAGCAGCUGUCGUCUACCUGGCCAUCCUUCCUACAUCUGGUACAAGAACGGACAGAAAAUUCAGGAAGAAACAUCUACAUAUUCAGGCCCCUUUGAUCUGCAGGCAGCUUUUCCUGUGCUGUACGAGGAUAUGAGAAGUCCCACUCUCCUUCAGUGUGUGAGUUUACAUCCAGUCUUCCACUGA